AUGGCUUUCUCGGACAUCCCGCUACUCGUGCAUCAGCAAUGGUCCAAUGUCAAUAUCACACACUGGCCGGACAGCAUCCGUCAAGGUGCGGAGACUUGGCUGAAGACAGCUAUGACAGACAAUAUGGCGUAUUUUCUCUGGGUUGAUGAAGGGAAGCAGUUGCUCUUAGAUACAUAUGAGCCUUCUUUGAACGAUCAUUUCCAUUCCCUGCCGAGGGAUAUCGAGCGCAGUGACGUCUUUCGGACCUUGGCUGUUAAGCGGUUUGGUGGCAUCUAUGCAGAUAUAGACACACAUCUCAUCCGUCACCCAAUCUCAUGGCUAGAGCCGUCAGACCUAACCCCCUGGAGUGAACCGUCUACAAACAAUUCCCACCCUUCCCUAGCCAACACCAACCAACGGGAUCCAAUACGCGCCAUCUUUGGCCUCGAAGCGGACUGCAACCCAAACGAAGACACCUACUGGCGAAGCGGCUACUACUUUCCGGUCCAAUUGACUCAAUGGGCAUUUGCCGCUGCACCAAAUCACCCCGUUCUCUCACUCUUUGUGAACCAGACAUCGGAGGUGCUGCGAGCCGUGUCAGUACGGAAUCAAGGCGAUCUACAUUCUCCUGGAGCAAAACAGGAGCUGAUGGCGGUUGAUCCAUUGGUUCUGACAGGGCCGGCAGCAAUUACGGGGACCGUGAAGAGUUGGCUUGAGCAGAGAGAAGGGGUAGAUUGGAAUUCUCUGACUGGGUUGGUGGAUGGAGGGAGGAGCAAGAGGGUUGGGGAUGUCGUGGUGCUGCCCAUCACGGGGUUUAGGUGA